GACCAAUGGAGCUCGCAUGGACGCACAGGCACUCCUGUCAGAGGAGAUACCUCGAAGCUCACUGCUUCCUUUGCUGCCAAGGUGGCAGUCGCAACCGAGUAGCCUCACCGAGGUCUUGCAAGUCUUGGUCAAGGGAAGAGCCUUUUCUGAAGCCCAGCGGCUCUUACGCUUCCUUCGACAUGAAGAACUUGAGAUCAAUAUCAUUCACUACAACUGUGCCAUCUGUGCUGCAGAACGAGCGAGCUCCUGGAGGUGUGCGGCUUCUUCCCUGGCGGAGAUGCAGCACUUGGGAGUGCCCCCAGACGUCAUCAGUUUCAAUACUGUCCUCAGUUCGAUGGCGCACUGGAGACGAGCUUCGCAGAUCUUCCAGGCCCUUCAGCACCAGAGCCUGCAGAGUGAAGCGACCAGCGUCAAUUCUCUCCUCAGCUCCUGCGAGAAAUCGUCUGCUUGGGCAACGGCAUUGCUACUGUUCCAGAAAGCGCUGUCGGCACCAGACCUUUUUGCACAUAGCGCGGUCAUUGGGGCCUGCUGCAAGGUGAAGUAUUGGGAAGAAGCGCUACGAUGCCAACCUCAAAGCGAGGUCAAUGUGGUAACAUGCAGCGCCAGCAUCAAAGCAUGCGAAGAAGCCUGUCGGUGGACGCAGGCCCUCAUGAACGUAGAAGAGCUUUCUCUGUGUCGAUGCCAAGGCACUGUGGUGUCCUAUUCAGGAGCCAUGGCUGCAUGUGAACGGAGCUCAAGGUGGCCGUCAGCCCUCAGAUUGUUUGAAGAAAUGGCGCUGCUGCGCGUUGCAGCCAACGUGGUCACCUUUGGCGCUGCCAUAAGCGCUAUCAGCGCAGCCAAGGACUGGAGAAUGUCAAUGUCCCUUAUGGCGCAAGUGCUCGAGGAGUCCAUAGAGAUCAACACCGUAGUCCUUGGCGCUGUGGUUGCUUGCUGUGCCCAGGCCUCAAAGCAAGACCUGGUCAUCGAUUUGUCGCGGCAGAUGAUUGCAGCGCGCGUCCAACUGGAUGCGGAGACCUGCAGCGCUGUUAUCGCAGCUCAAUUGCAGCCGAGUCACUUUUGCCUUGAGCUUUUCCAGGGCACAUCUGAGGACCUAGUGACUCAAAUGCGCCUUGCGCGGCUUGCGGAAAACGAGGAAAACGGGCGAUCUGAUCCUAUUGGUUUUUCUGAGGGAAAACUUCCACCACAAGCGACUUCGUCGCAGCUGGCUCAAGAGCAUCGCAUGGAAAGAAAGAAACCACUGGCGAUCUUCCUCCUGGCGGCCUUGAUAGCGCUUGGGCCGUUGGGGAUCGGCUUCGGUUCCAAGCAGGCGGCUCCCGUGGACUCCAGCUCGUCGAAGGAUCAUGACGUUCGACUCCUCGGUCUUCGCUCAUCCCAGCUCUUCCCUGUGACGAACCUGAGUUUAGUCUCCUGGUUCUUCCUGAUCUUCUUCCCUCGCUGGCGAAAACUUCAGCAAGUCGUGUUGAUCGGUCCCAUGGUGAACGCCGUCGUCUAUGCGGCCGUGGCCUUUCUUGCAGCGCGCAAUCCCCAUGCCCCGGCGGUGGACUUUUCAAGCUUGGAAGGCAUCCGGACGAUGUUCGCCGAUGCGGAUGCGUGCUUCGCGGGGUGGCUGCACUACUGUGUCUUCGAUCCUCUGAUCGGUUUCGGGGAGGUUCUUGACAGUCGUCAACUGAAGGUGCCUCACCUUUUGGUGGUGCCAUGUCUUCUGAUGACCAUGCUAGCAGGACCAGUGGGUUUUCUGAUGUAUAUGUCGUUGAGGUCUAUCGUACUGUGGACCAAAGACGAUUUUCAUUUCAACGUGCAAUGACCGCUGGGACCGGGGCUGGAACGCUGGCACUCGGUGUUCGAAAGCAUAUCAGUUCAAUUGUGUGUGUCUAAUGGCAGGACAUGGAGGUUUCUUAGAAUGGAGGAUCCCCAAG